AUGUCUCCAACAUACGAUGUACUCGUAGUCGGGGCCGGAUUAUCGGGUCUUCAAGCGGCAUUGACGCUCCACGCCGCCGGUCUUUCGUACGUCGUUCUUGAAGCCCGCGACCGGGUGGGCGGCAAGGUCUUCACGCUGCGCUCCCCAGAGACGGGGGCGGUCAAGUCAGACUUGGGAGCGGCAUGGAUCAACGACAGCAAUCAGAACCAGAUGUGGUCGUUGGCCAAGAUCUUGGGAUUGGAAACGUUCGUGCAGAACACGAAAGGCGAUGUGGUGGUGCAGGAUUUCGACGGGAGUUUGAUCAAGUUCCCCUAUGGCGAUGCGCCCAAGUAUCCUUCGGCGGAAGAUACAAGCUCUUGCGUUUCCAUUCGCGACGAGGUUGAAAGGCUCUCCACGACACAAUCAUCGUCCAUCCUCUCAGCCGGCCGGCAUCGCCAGCAGCUGGACAGCAUGUCAUUCGAGACAUAUCUGCGGAAUGCGAAAGUGACGGAAAAGGCGUUUGCGACCGCCCAGGUUUGGACUCAUGCCAUGCUGGGUAUGGAUCCGUCCGAGAUCUCGGCAUUGUAUUUCAUCGAAUACUGUGCCGCAGGAGGUGGGUUGAUGACGAUGCGCUCCGACCAGAAGGAUGGCGGGCAGUAUCUUCGCAUCCGUCAGGGGAUGUCGGCGUUUCCGGAGGGCCUGGCGCGAAAACUACGACCCGGGUCUGUCAAACUGUGUAGCCCGGUCGCGAGCAUUUCUCAAGAUUCCGACGGUAUGGUCUCUGUGAGCACCAUAGGCCGCUCCCCGAAAACAUAUCACGCUCGCAAAGUCAUCAUCUCCAUCCCCACGCCAGUGUACAAGACUAUCAGCUUCGAACCCCCUCUGCCACCGUCCAAGACUGCUGUGGUCAAUCGCACCCGUUAUGGCUUCUACACGAAAUAUAUCAUCACUUUCAGCAGGCCGUUCUGGACGGAGAAGAGCCUUUGCGGGCUGGCGCAGUCAUUUACUGGUCCUGUUUCCGUUUUCCGCGACACCAGCCUCGGGGAGCAAAGUUACUGCCUCACAUGCUUUCUUGGGGGACAGUUCGGGCGGAAAUGGGCGGCGCAGGACGCGGAGGCCAAGAGGUCUUCUGUGUUGAAGCAGAUCAGUGACAUCUUCGCCGAUGGUCAAGACAUUGCGCCUUUGUUCAUCGAGGCGCACGAAUCGCCCUGGAUGGAGGAGGAAUACUCGGGCUGGGGGUGUCCAUGUCCCACCAUGCCGCCAGGGGUGUUGGCCGAUGGCUGGGAGGCGCUGUGUGCGCCAGUGGGCAAUCUGCAUUUUGUGGGCACCGAGUUAAGCACUGUUUGGCGGGGGUACAUGGAAGGGGCUGUGAGGACUGGGGAAAGGGGAGCGAUGGAGGCAAUAACCGCAUUGAAAGGGAACAAGGUGGCAGCGAGACUAUAG